CCAAUGUUCCGCGCACAAUAAGUUGUGCACGUGUUGUUUUCAAGUAAUUUUCGAAAUUGUGAUUUACUCUCAAUUUGCUUAUUAAAGAUUUAAGCUUAUUACCGUUCUUAUAAUCAAUUAGCUUUUUUUACAUAUAUAACCGAUACACGAUGUAAAUUUAUUAUUGUGCCAUGUCCAAAGAAGGUUAUAGUACCGAGAAGAAAGAAGGUGACAGUAAAGUCGUUCUGGAAAGGUUACAAUCGUUUUUAAAAGAUAAAAGAAGCGCUGAAACAGCGGAGUCCAGCAUAAGCUACCCUAAACCUAGUACGAGUUUUGAACAGAGCUCACAAGGCACUUCAAACGUUGAAGACAGCAGUACUGUUUUACGGGAGAUUUUAAAUCACAAGAAAGCUGAACUGCUACGUCAGCCAGAAAUUAUUGCAUAUUUGAAGGACGUAUCGGCGGCUCUUAAAAAAUAAUGGAAAUGAUAACUCAGAAAAAUGUUGCCGCUUUGAUGCGGAAAACAUUAGACCGGCAAAAUGCGCAGGCUCGUAUGAAAUUAUCAUUUAAAAAAGGUCAAAUAGAGCAAGUUCUAGUAAAUUAUACGAGGAACAGUAAUGUUGGUCCAUACCAUGAUCUUGUCAAAGUAUUAGAGGAAUAUCCUAUAAAUGAUGACAAUUAUCAGGUACUGCUAGAAGAUUGUUUGGCAUGUGUCGUUCUUCUUGGAAGGGAAUUGAAGCAUUUUGUCGAUGUGUUGUGCAAUGUGGAGUGGGCUGGUAGAGGAGAAAAGUUUGUUGAAAUGUACAGCAGAUUUGUACUUAAUCUAGUUACUGCUCAUACAUACCAUUGCCCUAGAGUUAUGACAAACUUAGUUAAAUUAUUUAAAGAGGCAGGAUGUUUUUCAAACAGAGCUUACAUACAUAACUUAAUAUGGAUGAGCAAAUAUUUGCCAUUGCUAAAGGAACAACUUGUUAUGGCUGUUAUUAACAGAAUGGUUACAAUGGAUGUUAAUAUAGAAGAUCAAGCUAAGAACAAGUUACAAAUAGACACAAUGUUUGAAAUGGACACAGAGGAACAAGACACUGUUUCAGAGACACUAGAUUACUGUAUGAUAGAAGUAUUGAAAUGGUUAGAAGAUGAGAGAGAACCUGCUCUUGUGAUAAUGUGUAAUGUCUUUGAAAGAGUCAUAUUACCAACACAUGGUAUAAGACAUGUUCAAUUCCUAAUACUCUAUACGAUAUCAAUAAGCCAACAAUGUGCUGAUCGUAUAUUUUCCAAUCUAUGGAUGAUUGCUGCCGGUCUGCACGGGUCCGGUCCGGGAGCAUUGGCCACAAGACGGACAGCAACCAGUCAUUUAGCUGGCUUACUAGCUCGCUGUGUCCGUAUAUCAAACAGUAGACUGAUACAUUACCUGAAGAGCAUGGCCGAAUGGUGUCACUCUUAUAUUACUGCAACUCAAGAGUCAACUGCAGUCAGUGAUAACACUAAAGUGCAUGGUGUCUUCCAUUCUAUAUGCCAUGCAAUAUUCUACCUGGUUGCGUUUAAAAAUCAUCAGCUAUUUGUUAGUAAAGAAAGUCUGAACUUUGUGGAAUCAUUAAACCUGCCUCGUCUUGUGACAUGUUCCCUGAAUCCACUCCGUACAUGUCCACCGCAGGUGACGCGGGCGUUCUCGUCUGUGACGCGAGCACAUCAAGUGGUCUACUGCCAGGCUAUCAUAGAGAAGAACACGCGACACUCUCUACAGUACAGUACUGAGGAAUGUUACAAUGAAUGGUUCCCAUAUGACCCUUAUACAUUGCCAAAAUCCGGUCAAAUAAUAUGGCCGUUGUGCAUAGAAUAUAAAGACUGGGCUAAAGAUGGCGAUGAUGAAACACAAUAUUCUAGUAUCAAGAAGAAAUUAGUCGCAGAAGAUGAUGAUUAUUUAAUUGCAAGUCCUAAUCAGAAAUUGGCAAGUUCACUCUCAAAUAAUAUAUUACCAGGCUUCAAAACGAGUGAGACUAUUAUUAUGUGAAAUACAUAUAUCUAUGUUAAAUGAAUUAACAAGAAAAGUGAUAUGUAAUUGUAAAAUACUAGUGUAUAUUUUAUAUUUAUCAUCAAACUUUAAAACUAAAGUCU